AUGGGGAUGGAUCUCAAGAGAAGUUGGAGUGUGAAGCUGAGUGACGGGCACUGCAUGCCGAUGCUGGGCUUUGGCACCUAUGCCACUAAGGGUGUUCCAAAGAGCAAAGUCCGUGAGGCCACCAAAGUGGCCAUUGACGUUGGCUACCGGCACAUUGAUGCUGCCUAUUUCUACGAAAAUGAGGAGGAGGUGGGAGAGGCAAUGCAUGCAAAGAUGGCUGAUGGCACCGUGAGGCGCGAGGACUUGUUCUACACCACCAAGGUCUGGGGAACCUUCUUACAACCAGAAUUGGUCCGUCAGUGCCUGGACGGAUCCCUGAAGAAACUCAGACUGGACUAUGUGGACCUUGUCCUCAUUCACAUCCCCGUCCCCCUGCAGCCAGGGGAGGAUCUCCUGCCCAUGGACACCAGCGGGAAGAUCAUCUUAGACACUGUGGACCUGUGUCAGACGUGGGAGGCCCUGGAGAGCUGCAAAGACGCAGGGCUGACCAGGUCCAUCGGCGUGUCCAACUUCAACCGCAAACAGCUGGAGAUGAUCCUCAGCAAGCCGGGGCUCAAGUACAAGCCCGUGUGCAACCAGGUGGAGUGUCAUCCUUUCCUGAACCAGCAGAAGCUGCUGGACUAUUGCAAGUCCAGGGACAUUAUCCUUGUGGCCUACAGCGCCCUGGGGUCGCAGAGAAUUCCAAAUUACAUUCCUGAAAACAGUCCGCAUCUCCUGGAGGAGCCAGUCCUGACAGCCAUUGCCAAGAAACACGGCCGCAGCCCGGGGCAGGUGGCCCUGCGCUACCAGCUGCAGCGGGGAGUGGUGGUGCUGGCCAAGAGCUUUACGGAGAAGAGGAUCAAGGAGAACUUCCAGAUAUUUAAUUUUGAAUUAACUCCAGAGGAUAUGAAAGCCUUGGAGAGCCUUAACAAAAACUUCCGCUAUUUCAGCAUGGAAUUUGGGAUAGGCCACCCCAACUACCCGUUUGCUGACGAGUACUGAAGCUUCAUGUGCU